AUGUAUAAUAAUGGGAGGAGAGUGCGAGAGAGAGAGAGAGAGAGAGAGAUCUUCGUCUGUUCACAUCUAUCUAUCUAUCUAUCUUUCUUCGUCUGUUCACAUCUAUCUAUCUAUCUAUCUUUCUUAGUCUGUUCACAUCUAUCUAUCUAUCUAUCUCAGUCUGUUCAGAUCUAUCUAUCUAUCUUUCUAUCUAUCUAUCUAUUAUAUCUUAUUUCUUUUAAAUUCAUUUUUCUUUCUUUUUACCUUUCCUCCUUUUUCGUCGCAUUCAUUUUAUUGUUACUCUAUUUAUUUCCUCCUUCUCAUUCCUACCUUCUUUUUUUCUUCUCAUUUAUUUUUGUUUUACUUUCUUUCAUCUCGCUUCCUUUAACUGUCUGUCUUUCUUUCUUUCUUUCUUUCUUUCUUUCUUUCUUUCUUUCUGUCUUUUUCCUUCGUUACGUCUUUCUUUCUUUUUAUUCUCAUUCCCUUUGUUCUUUUUAUUCUCAUUAUUUUAUGAUAUUCUAUUUCUUUCUUUUUUUAUUCUUUCUUUCUUUUUCCUUCCCCCUUCUUUCUUUCUUUUUUUUUCUCAUUCAUUUUCUUAUGACACAUUUUUUGCUUUCCUUUCUUUCUUUCUUUUUGUUUUUCUUCUCAUUCGUUCUAUUUAUACCCUAUUCCUUUCUUUCUUUUUUUGCCUUUUCUCAUUCAUUUUAUUACGAUAAGCUAUUUGUCUUUCUUUCAUUAUUCAUUUUAUUGUUUCCUUCCUUCCACCUUCCUCUCGUCUUUCUUUGUAUCUCUUUCUUUUUCCUUCUUUCUUUCUUUUUUUAUUUUCCUUCAUUUUGUUAUGAUAGUACAUUUCUUUCAUUCAUUUUGUUACGAUAA